UCAAGCACACACACAGGCGCUUGAUGACAGACGGGGAGGGGGAAGCGGAUAGAAGUGUAAGCCCCGGAUCCAUCUUCAGCAGAGAAAAUAGGAAAGAAAGACCGCGUCCCCACUUUUAUUUCGUUUUUAGCGGCACCUUUCCGACUCACAGGCGUCAGGGAGCCCGAGGAGGGGGCUGUGGCAUUGUCUGUAGGAUGUCCCGACAUGAAGGUGUGAGCUGUGAUGCGUGUUUAAAAGGGAACUUCAGAGGGCGCCGAUACAAGUGUUUAAUUUGCUACGACUACGACCUUUGCGCAUCUUGCUACGAAAGUGGAGCCACAACAACUAGACACACCACGGAGCACCCAAUGCAGUGCAUACUAACCAGGGUAGACUUUGAUUUGUAUUAUGGGGGGGAGGCUUUCUCAGUAGAGCAGCCUCAGUCGUUUACUUGUCCUUACUGUGGUAAAAUGGGCUACACGGAAACAUCUCUACAGGAGCACGUCACCUCAGAACAUGCAGAGACCUCUACAGAAGUGAUUUGCCCAAUCUGUGCCGCAUUGCCUGGUGGUGACCCCAAUCAUGUGACAGAUGACUUUGCUGCUCAUCUCACACUUGAACACAGAGCACCUAGAGAUUUAGAUGAGAGCAGCGGCGUGCGGCAUGUGCGUCGAAUGUUCCACCCUGGGCGGGGAUUGGGUGGUCCGCGGGCACGCAGGACUAACAUGCACUUUACCAGUAGCUCUACCGGUGGGCUCUCCUCUUCACAAAGCUCCUCCUACUCUGCAAGCAAUAGGGAAGCAAUGGACCCCAUAGCAGAACUGCUCUCUCAGCUGUCGGGUGUGCGGCGCUCGGCAGGAGGGCAGCUGAACUCCUCUGGCCCCUCGACUUCACAGCUGCAGCAGUUGCAGAUGCAACUUCAGCUGGAGCGGCAGCAGGCGCAGGCAGCGCGUCAACAGCUUGAGACGGCUCGCAACGCCACGCGUCAGCGCAGCAACCCAAGCAACAUCAGCGCCAGCAUCCCGCCGCCCAGCUCCGCCACAAACACAGCCAUGACUGAAAGCAACCCGCUGGCCUCCCACAGCUCCCAGUUCCUGCUCACACGGUUGACCGAGCCGAAAAUGUCAGAGGCAGAACGGCAGGCGCUGGAGAGCGAGCGCGCAGACCGCACCCUGUUCGUGCAGGAGCUCCUGCUGUCCACGCUAAUGCGAGAGGAGAGCUCCUCUUCCGACGAGGACGAAAGGCGAGACUUUGCUGACUUCGGCGCCAUGGGCUGCGUGGACAUCAUGCCUUUAGACGUGGCUCUGGAGAGCCUCAACUUGAAGGAGAGCUCCACAGGCAAGGAGCCUCCACCACCUCCUCUUUGAUGAUAUCCCACCACCAUCACGCAGACAUUGUCCUCUGUGCUGUAACUGCCAAUGACGGUGGGCAAAAAAAACACAGCUCUCUCUCGUUUUUUUUUUUUGUUUGUUUGUUUGUUUCUUUUUCGUUUUUUCUUUUCUUUUUUCGGUGAUUGUAAUUUCAGAUCUGUCACCUUUGUUACAUUGUAUAAAUCCAUGAAAGAAGAGCGAGUGGGGGAAAAAAUCAAAACACAUCAGAACAGGCGUGUGGGAGAGUGCGCAAAACAAGAGAGAGAUUCACAGAACGAGAGACAAAAUGAGAAAUAUAAAUAUAUAAAUAAAUAUAUAUAAGUUGAUAAUCAAUUCCACAUAACUAAUUUUUUUCCUUUAGCAGGUGAGCGUAGGUAUCUGUGGCAGACCUCAGCUUCCUGUCUUGCAAAAGGCUCUCCUUAUAAAUACUCCACAUUCAAAAACUGAAGAGGAAACAAGAGACCUUCUCUAAUGAAGCUGCUGUGUGUAUUUAUGAAUAUUAAUGAAUAAAAAGUGCUUGGAUGGUUUACCAUAACUACUGCAUGAGGUUAUUUGCAGCGUGCAUGAUUUUUAAUGACCUUGUCAUUAAAAAGGCAAAAUAUCCCAAAGCUUUCAUUAACUUUUUUCCAAGUGUUAAAAAUUGGGUUUAUUUUUUUAGAUAUCAAGCAAAAUUGGCAGAGAAACUGCAAUACGCUUUUGUCACUCGGCUACAACCUGACCGUCAUCUUUGACAGUAUGAUGCACAACAGUGACCGCCUAUGCGGUUUUCUAGAGUAUAAGUCCCAUUCAUGUUCUCAAAGAGAGACAAAAACCAUCUCUCAACACUAAAACAUUUUCUGACCUUAAGGUAUACACAAUGUACUUUUUCUUUUGAGGUAAUGAACUACUCGCAUCCCAUGAAGCAUUAGGAUGACGGAGUUUGAAACUACGCAUAUUAAUCGUUGAUGCUUUGGCUUUAUUUGGGACUCUUUUUACUGGUAGAGAAAGUUUAACUCGCCAACCUAAUUUAUUCAGUAUUAACUUAUUGCUUGAUAAGAUUUCCAAAUGAUAUUCUGUACAGAACAACGCACUUGUGAGAUAUGAAGUAACUCGAAUCGAUGUGAUUCACAUUGCUUAACCAGUAAUUUCUUGUUAAUGGUUCAACAGCGAUUUCUGGGAUUGGUAGUGUAGUUCUUCAGAGAUUUGCGAUGAAACUUGUUUAUAGUUUCUUGAAAUUAAGACUCGCUUAUGUCUUUUCUCUCAUUUAGAUCCUCAAUAGUCUAUUUUUAAUUUCACAAAAUGAAUGGGAUUUUUACUUCUGGGAAUCACUGUUGUGCACUAUUAGACAUUCAAACUACCAGUAUGCCCAGAUUGGUCAAGACUACGGGACAAACUAAAUAUUUAGGUUUCAACAUAAUCUGGUUCAUAACCUAGACGUUGAUGUCUUAGUGUCUUGUGUAACCACAAAUGUACUCUCUAAGUUAUGCACUUGUACAGACAAGUUAGGCUCCCCAUGUUCAUCUCGAUCUACUCGCAUAUCUGCUGUUAGUACACUUGGAUCCCUUCUUUCUUCAUCGGUAAAGAAGGGCACUGGAUUUGCCAUAUUGAAGGCUUUUUGUUCAACCUUUCAAAAGAGUGACAUGCUAACGUACUAUCUGCUAAUAGACAGCACCUUCUAUUUAUUCAGGGUUUUGUUUUUCUAUCUCUUGAUUCUUUGAAGCCUUGUAAUUGAUCAUGCCACCUCCAUGCCUAUACUCUUAUCCUCUAUGUAAAAUACAAUGAUAUGUAUAUGGAAUUUGUGCGUUAACUUUCAUAAUGGAUCUAGGAUAUGGGCAGAAUUUUUUUUUAAAUGUAAAUUUAGAAUACUACAAUAAAAACGGUGCACAGAUUUUGAUGAAAACCAAAUCCCAUCAUUUUGCUCUCUGUGGCUGUGGUAACCCCAUAGUUUUAUCCAUAUAUAUAACAUGAAGUUUACUCUGUAUUUGGCACAAAAAAUUUGUUAGCUCUUAUGAGGUGAUGUGUCUCAUUUCUGCACCAGCAGGGGGACCAAAUUGAAUUGCGAAAAUAGACUGUUUUUUGUUACUAUAGGAAACAUGAUGCUUGCCCACUAAAACAUCUCAGCUAUAUGCUAAAUUGAUAAGGGUUUGACAAAACACUAUAAAAAAGAGGGAUUAAGCUUUUAAGUAUUUUAGUAGCAGUUAAGAUACAAACUUCAUAAUAUAUUCCUUAGCUUUAUUAAAUAAAACUCCCUUUAUUUUUACCCAAAUACAAUAAGGCCUUUAUUAUGCUGCCUAAAAAGUGUCCUUGCCUUAUCAGUUACAUGCCCGCUGCAGAAAAUAUAACAAAUGCAACUGACAACAUGUAGCCCCAAGGCAUCAAGAUUAAUACUAUUUUACCUGCCAGCUUUUAGAUCAGGUUGUCUCACCGAAUCUUUUGUUUUGGAGCAGCCUUCCUUGCCACUUUGGUGGCUAUUGUUAGACCUCAAUAUUACCCUUGGGAUACCUUUCAUGCCAUACUGCAGCCCUGUCUACCAAAAUAACCCUUUGUGAGCAAUUGGGCACAUGAAUAUCUCCUUUCUUUCCUUGCAUAAACAUAGAAACAAGUUCAGAAGUUAUUAGAGGUGGACAAAUCAAAUGAAAAACUGUGACUUUUGGAAAUUUGAAUGCGUUGUUAUUAAAGAUGCAUUGUGUAACUUUUUAGAAGGAUCUCUUGACAAACAUGCAAUAUAAUAUACAUAACUAUAUUAUCAGUGGUGUAUAAAGACCUUACAAAAUGAA